AUGACAGUCCUUGUAUCGAUCUUAGGCACUCGCCUAUGUCUGCUUGCUUUACUGCUCACUGCCCUCACCGGUGCGAUCCCCGCUGACUUACUUGAGCGACAGGAGUAUGGCAUGGUGGGUGAUGGUUUCGAGUCUGCCACCACAACCCUCGGCAACUACUACAACUACUGGGUCAAGCUUCCUAACGGUACAUUCGACUUGACGCGCAGUGACAGGGCAGCAGUGACUUCUCCAAAAGUGCUUCCCAUGGUCGAAUCAUCUAUCAAGAUUGAGCCGAACCGCUCCGCAUUGGUCAUUAUCGAUAUGCAGAACUUCUUCCUUCAUCCAGACUUGUCUCCUAAGGCAACCAAGGGCCGUGGAGCAGUCGAACCCACUGCCAAUAUGAUCAAAGGCUUCCGCAAACACGGCAUGAAAGUUCUUUGGGUCAACUGGGGACUCACAGAGUACGACCUGCUGACGAUCCCCCCUGCAUUCAAGGCUGGUUUUAGCAACAAUGGCUCAGACAUGGCGAAUGAGACGUUCGGAAGCGACAUGGGAACCAUUCAAGAAAACGGGACGACAAUCCACGUGGGCCGGAAAUUGAUGCGUGGGGCAUGGAAUGCUGAGCCAUACGGUGUUUUGGGCACGAUGAAGGACAAGGGUAUCGCUGCUGGCACAGAUUUGUGGUUCAACAAAAAUCGUUUAUCAGGGCUCUGGGGCCCUCAAACUCCCUUGGGCCUGUGGUUGCAGGAGAAUGAGAUGUCAACCCUCUUUUUCGGCGGCGUCAAUGCAGAUCAGUGCGUCUGGUCCACGCUUGUGGAUGCAUAUUUCAAGGGGUAUGAUGUGAUUUAUGUCGAUGAUAUCAGCCAGAGUACCAGUCCUCCCUUUGCACAAGAGAUGACCAGAUAUAAUGCACAAGGUUAUGGAUUUCUGGGGAACUCAACCGACAUUUUGAAGGCUCUGGGUUGA